UCUCUAUCAGCAUCUCAUUCCUGUCUCAAUAUGUCUCAAGAUGGCGGCCAAUGCAGGAUCGAUGUUUCAAUAUUGGAAGCGUUUUGACUUACAACAACUACAGAAAGAACUAGAUGCCACCGCCACACAGCUUGCCAACAGACAGGACGAGAGUGAACAAUCCAGGAAGAAACUAAUCGACCUGAGCCGCGAGUUCAAGAAGAACACACCAGAGGAUUUACGGAAACAGGUUGCCCCCUUGCUCAAGAGCUUCCAAGGAGAGAUCGAUGCCUUGAGUAAGAGAAGUAAAGAAGCAGAGGCCGCCUUCUUGAACGUGUACAAGAAAUUAAUCGAUGUCCCAGACCCUGUACCUGUGUUGGAGCUGGCUCAGCAGCUGCAGCUGAAGCUCCAGAAAAUGCAUGACAUUGAGACAGAAAACACCAAACUUCGAGAGACACUGGAGGACUACAACAAGGAGUUUGCGGAGGUCAAGAACCAAGAGGUGACCAUCAAGUCCUUGAAGGAGAAGAUCCGGGAGUACGAGCAGUCUCUGAAGAACCAAGCGGAGAACCUGGCCCAAGAGAAGCAGCUUCAGCUACACAACGACUAUGCAGAGAAGGAGAGGAAACUCCAGGAGAGCCAGGAGUCCAUGUCCUCAAGGUUGGAAGAGGCCGAACACAAGGCCCAGUCCCUACAGACAGCACUUGAAACAACUCAGGCAGAGCUCUUUGAUUUGAAGACCAAGUAUGAUGAGGAGUCCACAGCAAAGGCCGAUGAGAUUGAGAUGGUGAUGACAGACCUGGAAAGAGCCAAUCAGCGUGCAGAAGCAGCUCAGAGGGAGGCGGAGUCACUGAGAGAGCAGCUGUCUGCAACCAAUCAAUCGCUGCAGCUCGCCGGCCAGAUCCAGGCCAACCCUGACAAGGAGCAGCCAGUGGAGGCAGUGUCCCGCUCCAGUCUGGAGGCGGAGCUUGGGGCCAAAGAAAGGGAGACCACCCAGCUGGUGGAGGAUGUCCAGAGACUGCAGGCCAGCCUGACCAAACUCCGAGAGACCACCAGCUCCCAGAUCACACAGCUGGAGCAGCAGCUCAGCGCCAAGACUGCCACUCUCAAGGAACUGGAGGAGAAACUGCAGAAGCAGGCUGACUAUGAGGAGGUGAAGAAGGAGUUGAGUAUCCUCAAGUCUAUGGAGUUUGGGCCUUCAGAUUCAGUUCAGGAUUCAUCCAAACCCCUGGAGGUGCUGUUGCUGGAGAGGAACCGCAGUCUUCAAUCUGAGAGCGCCUCUCUGCGCAUCGCCAACACUGAGCUGAGUGGGCCAGCCGGGCGGAAAGGGACAGAAGCGUCCACACCCAAGGAGGAGACAAUGCCCAGCGACCCCUCUUCUUCGCCCCCUCCUCCUCUUCCCUCUCUCCCUUCCUCCUCCCAGCUCCCCCUGUCUCGCACUCACACGGACACCCUCAACACCACCACCAACACCAGCAGCAGCAGCAGCAGCAGUGAAACACACCCCUUCACUCCUACGGGCAUUGGACAGGACUUCUACUCCCCUGCCUUCCCCCUGGUGGGAGGCAAGAUGGCUCUGAGCUCCCUGCUACAGCGGCAGCUCCUCCAGACCUUCUACUCCAAAGCCCUGCAGGAGUCGUCUGGAAUCCCAGGCGGGGCUCUGCUGUUCGCCCCCUUCACUCCAACCCUCAGCUCCAUCCCUACCUCCACCCCUGGUUCUGGGUCUGCUGGCAUCCCUCUGGCAGCCAGCAGCCCUCAGCCGCCUCCAGCCAGCCCAGACAUGGCUACUGUUAACGGAAGCAGCACCGCUGGCAGCGCCCCGUCGCCCUCCCCCAACCACUCUGACGCCACCACCGGCAGCAUUCUGGAUGGGGAGGACAUGGACACGGCAGAGAUCGCCCGGCAGGUGAAAGAACAGCUGAUCAAGCACAACAUUGGUCAGCGUGUGUUCGGCCACUACGUGCUGGGACUGUCCCAGGGCUCAGUCAGCGAGAUCCUGGCCCGACCCAAACCCUGGAGCAAGCUCACCAUCCGUGGGAAGGAACCCUUCCACAAGAUGAGGCAGUUCCUCGCUGAUGAGCAGAACAUCCUUGCACUACGCAGCAUCCAGGGACGACAGAGAGAGGGCUCAGGCCAGCCCCAGCUUAGCCGAGUGUUUCAGGACGUUCCGAAGCGGAGAGCCCUCUCCGAUACAGCUUCGCACACAGGUAACAUCACUGCUCGCGUCCGCACACCAGAAGCAGGUUCAGAUGAGGCCAUCAAGUCCAUUCUGGAGCAGGCCAAAAGAGAGCUGCAGGUGCAGAAAGCUGACUUGUCCCAUGCUCCCUCCUCGUAUGGAGGGCUUAAAGGAGGUGGUGGAAGCGGAUUGGGAGGUGGAGGGGGCAGUGGUUCAGAUGAGGCCAUUCGCUCCAUCCUAGAGCAAGCUCGCAGAGAGAUGGAGGCCCAGCAGGCGGCACUGGAGCCCAUCCUCAAAGCCUCUUCUUCCUCCUCCUCUUCAGCGUCCCUGUCUCAGAGGGACCUGCUGGGCUCUCCACUCACCGCCCCCCUCCCCCCUUACAACCCCCUAUCCCUGUCCCUCAAGAAGCCUCCCAGUUCUCUUUUGUCCUCCCCCUCGUCCCCAUCUCCAAUCCUGGAUUUCAGUUCCAAUGUGAAGAGGGAGGGCAGGGCUUCUUCAGGGAUAGAUAUGACCGUUGACAGCACUGCCAGACUGGGCAGGACCUCAGAAGGGCUGGCCCGCUCAGGAAGUGGUGGAGGAAUAGGUCACUGGAGAGAGCAGUGGUGGAGCAACAUGCACACAGACCCCCGCAGGACAAUACCUACCCAGCCAGGAGAGGAGAACCACACCCAGGAGGACUCCAAAGAGGGAAUAUUGAGUGAUAGUCUAUCUCGACACAAACCGUGGAACAAGUUGAACCAGAGAGGCAGAGAGCCGUACCUCCGCAUGCAGCUGUGGCUCAAUGGAGACCAGGGACAGAACACACACACCCAGCAAGCUCAGAACCAAGAGGGCACUCCCAAGACGUCAGCGAGCUGCAGCCCCGCUCCAGAGUCACCCCUCAGUUCAGCAGAGGAGUCUGUCAAUGGUCUAGCAGGGGAUCCACUCGCUCCUCAGUCCUCCAGUCUCAAACCUCCUUCUGAAGAGCCCUCAGGUGGGGAGUCCCAGCCUGGUACUCCCUUAUCUCUUCCUGGUCCCCACUCGGGCCUCAGCAUCCAGGAGAUGGUGGCAAUGUCUCCAGAGCUGGACACUUAUGUCAUCACCAAGAAGGUUAAGGAAGUGCUGACUGACAACAAUCUUGGCCAGCGUCUGUUUGGGGAGAGUAUCCUGGGUCUGACUCAGGGUUCUGUCUCAGACUUGCUGGCCAGGCCCAAACCCUGGCACAAGCUCAGCCUGAAAGGCAGGGAGCCCUUCGUCCGCAUGCAGCUCUGGCUCCAGGACCCACACAGUGUGGAGAAACUCAUGGACAUGAAACGCCUGGAGAAGAAAGCUUACAUGAAGAGGCGACUGAGCUCCUUGAGUGAUAGCCAUUCUGUGGACAGUGGCUUGGUGGGGCCAGAUUUCCACCAGGGGUCCCAGAGCCCGGGACAGCAGCAGCUGAAGAAGCCCAGGGUGGUGCUGGGCCCUGAAGAGAAGGAGGCCCUGAAGAAGGCCUACCAGCAGAAGCCCUACCCCUCCCCCAAGACCAUUGAGGAGCUGGCCUCCCAGCUCAACCUGAAGACCAGCACUGUCAUCAACUGGUUCCAUAACUACAGGUCACGUAUCCGGCGAGAGCUCUUCAUAGAAGAGAUCCAGGCAGCUGGCGGGGUGGGACCUGGUAGCGAGGGGGGCUCCCCUUCCCUCCGUGGGUCCAAAUCAGGAGAGGGGGACAGCUGUGAUGGGACAGAAUCUGAUGGCACAGUGGAGACCCGCCAGGGCCUGUCCUCUGGCCUGGAGGAUCACAGAGCAGUGUGUAAAGACCAGGACAUGGAGGCCGGGUCUGAGGCAGGGGGCUCCUCUAAUUCCCCCGGCCAGAUAGACUGCAGCACCUCAGGCUCCAGCUGUGGGCAGGGUGGCCUGGGGCUCUUCAGCCUCACAGAGGCAUCCUCCAGUGGCUCUGCCCCUAGUAAUAACAUCCCAGCCUCUGGCCCAGCCAGAAACCCCAGGGACAAUAAUCUGCGCAAGAAGAAAGCAGCCAAUCUCAAUAAUAUCAUUCACAGGCUGGAGAAGGCUGCCAGCAAAGAGGAUCCCUCAGAGUGGGAGUUCUAGCUCCCUCUGACCAUCCUUCCAUCCCUCUUGUUGCAUAACCUCACGACCUCUAACCUUGGACCCCUCCUGCUCUGUUCCAGUUGGAGAGUGGACGCAGCCAAAGUCAAGCUCAGCAGCCAUUUUUAUUACAUAGAAGCUUUCCCAAUAGAGGAAAGAAACAAAGAGUGGUUGGCAAAACCCCUAAAAAGAAGAUAUACUGAAUACAUAGAAGAACAAAAUAAGAGAACUAAUGUGUCUCCUUUUUUCUUUUUUUCUUUCUUUUUUGUUUUUUCUUUUUCUUUCUUUUUUUUUUUUUUUUUUUACUGAGUUUUGUUUUUGUACUGAGAAAAGCACUUAGCCGUCCUGCUGGCCUCUGGCCCUGCUGUACCUCCCCCUAUCACCAGCCACUGGUGCACCAGACUGGUUAGUCCUGAGCUGGGGUCUGACCCACAGCUGGGGUUGAAACCUGGACUCAGUAAAACAGGCAAGGCCUGACACAGCAGCUGUCACAGUGAUAGACACUGAUAGAUGAUAGGUAGAGACAGGAACUCUCUUACAAGAACUCUCACUUUCUUAAAGGAGAUUUUUUUCCGCUCUUCUUCUCACCUCCCAAGUGUCCACAAACCUCCCCUCACUCAGUGAGACGCCUCAUUUUUCACACUGUAGAGUGACUGUUACAAACCCUUUGCCUUUUUCACUCACGGCGUGCGUGUGUGUGCGCGCGUUUGUAUGUUUGGGGUUGUGUCAGUGUGCACGUGUGUGUACACACACCCAAACUGGGGUGUGUGUGUGUGUUCUCUCCUCAAUGGCAGCAUGAUGUUUUUUUAAUUUCACUCCUACACUCUUAAGAGGGUAGCUGAAAGCCGGUCGGUCGUGCUGCCAUGGUUACUGAUGUAAGAAAGAUGAACUUUGACCUGUUGUGUCCCGUAUCCUAUCCUGCUGACAGCCAUGUGAUGGCCAGAAGGAUCUCGAAUUCCUCACAAACACACGCACUCAUCUGAAGAGGAAGGAAGGAAGGAACCCUCUUUUUGUCUCCUCAAGCCCUUCUUUUAAGGAUGAAGGAUGAUCUCUUUUUUUUAAAUAUUGCAAUUUGGUUGCCAAUAAGAGAUUGCACAGUCUAUUGACUCUAAAGAGUACAAAAUAGGGAAUUUUAGGAAGCAUUUUUAAUUAGUACAAAAUAAGAACAGAAAAUAAGAGAAUAACAAGUUACUGUUUUAAAAAAAAAAAAGAACACAUUAGAAUGGAAUAAUGUUGCGUUGUUGAAAUACGAUACAAUGAAUUCACGUAGUACUGUAGCUGUCUGACAUGGUGAUGAUACGAUACAUGUCUCUUGUUGUUUUGGGUAGUGCACAUCACAGCUUCACCCGGCUUUGGACCUGCCGGGUCUGUGUCUGCACCGCCAACAAAUUUUCUCUGUUCACAACACACAUCUUUUAUAGGCCAAAUCAGGAAGAGUGUGUGUGUGUGUCUGCCUGUGUGUUUGUGUGUGUCCUAUGUGUAUUUGUAUUUGCCUGCGUGUGAGUCGGGGUCGAGGUCAAUUCACUUGGAAUUAAAUGUUAGGGGCGUGAGAGUCUCAACUUUUAUGAACUUCUGUAAUGAAAAAAGGUCUGAUUUUAGAAAAUGAAUUGCAUUGUACAUUAUUAAUGUACAUUUUGAUGUGAUUACCAUGAAAGUGAAUUCACCCCCACCUCAGUGUGAGUAGUUACCACUCUCCUCCAGUCUAUCCUGUAUCCAGGGAUGUAAGUCUUUUGCAUUGAAUUCUACUGUAUACACUACAAAUUAUAAGGCAUAUCACCUCCUCCCUCUCCCACACAAGCCCUCAGUGCCUGUCAGCCCACUGCCUCCCCUUUGUGUGUGUGCAUGUGUGUGCAUGCACACGCAUGUCAAUACAUGCGUGUGCAGAGGCGUGCGUGAUUGAGGAGUGUUCAGUGUUUCCAAUGAGUGGGGUCAUAUUUCGUAUCUAAUUGCACACACUACUAGUGCACAACUGACACCCUUCUUUAAGCUGUUUGAUGCAUUACCAUUACAUUAAUCUUCUCACAAAGUAGUGUAAUACUAUGAUUUACUGUAGCUUGGUUUUAUUGCUAUUUUGCAUUUAUAGUUUGGUUUUUAUUCUGCUUAUUUAUAGGUGCUGUAUUUUUCAUUUAAUGUCUUAUCGUUUGAGUUGUCUAUUUUGUAAGGGAUUAUACUGUUCUUGAGGGCAAGUAACAUUUUUAUUAGACGUAUAGACUGCCGGCAGUAUUGGUUAAUAUUUACAAAGAUGUACUAGUUUUCAUUUGUUUGUAUAUUCAUGAAUCCUAAAGUUUAGUGUCAUUUCAAUAGCUUUGAAUUAUGUGUUUGCUACAGUUCAUGCUCCCAGAGGCAUAAAGCUUUUACUACAACAAUUAUGCUCUUAAAUUGCUAGCUAGAGAAAUCAAAGGACAUAUCAAGAUCACUGAAUAUGAUAGCAUAUCUCUCAUCCUGUUUUCCAUGCUCCGAUAAUAUCUUUUUGGCUGUUUCUUGGGCAAGCCCGACACUAACGCUCAGCAGGACGUGCAGCUUUCUUAAGAUAGACUAGACUCCAUCCACACGAUAAUCGCAUCAACAUAAUUGACAGGUCCAAGUGUAUACACUAUAUGUCAAGUAGGUCAAAUGAAAUUACCUAAACUUGAGAACACAAGUUAACUUGAAAGAGGUCAUCAUAUCUGCCAAAUUGAGAUUAGAGAAGUAUACCAGCUAGCAGGUGUGCUAUGCCAGAUUGAACAGAGAUAGCCAGUUUAUGAUUAUGCAUUAUCUAUAUAGCAGUCCAUAACAAAGCACUUAUUAGGAUCUUUAUUGAAGACUUAAACUAGGACAGGGUCUGUAAACGUUACACUAGAGUACACUCCCGGGAUCCUGGGAAAUGUAUGCCUUUAAAAAAAAAAAAGUGGUUCUGAACCAAGCACAGACUCUUAUCCGCAUCCUAACACUAAAAAUAAAAUGUAAAGUGGGAAUGCCCAUGUUUUUGUGCUUUAUCUUCCUAUCUACCAGCCCUUAGGAUAUUUCAAGGCAUUGCCACAGAUAACUGUAUGACAGUAAGGAUCAUUUUAGUUCUAAACAGAGUUUUUAGAUAUUUUGGUAACCACCUGCAUUUUUUUAAAAAAAAAUCUAAAAUCCCAGUCCAUCCUAAAGCCCCAGUAAUAAUUCCCUUUUCCUGAAUUUGCAUCCAGAUAUACUGACAAAAAUAUCAAGAGAUGCUGGUAACCCCAUUUAACUGCAUCAGGUAAACAACAUUAGUUAAAAUUGGAUUUUCUAAUGUGUGUCACUGUAACCUUCCUCAACCAAGAUUUGUUAUUCCUGUUGACGACCGAUGUAAAACAUCUGUCUGCGGAGGAUUGAAGGCAUAUUGCCCUCUUUUGGACUGCUUGGACCAGACAACCACAGUGUGUUUUAUGGUGAUUAAUAGCUACUGUAGAGUAUAAGCACUUAACCCAUUACCCAUUUUAUAGCCAGAUUCAUCCACUCGCCUAGACCAUGUGAGAUCAUCAGAUUUGUGCCUUUAACUGCCAAGCAGGGCACCAAACUAGUGAUGUCAUUAGAAGUAGACUUAAAUUAAAACAUCUUAUUCAUUCUGUUGUGUUUUUUUCACCCAGGUUGUUCGUAAUAUAUAUCCCACGUUCAGAUCCUUUGUCCAAAUUUAUUUCUCGAAAAUGGUACUUAAAAGCCGACUUUUCUCAGCUCACCCCUCUGAGAGAGGGUUGUACAGUGAAAAAGAAAAGGAGAAAAAGGGCGCAGAAACUGUAGCCCUUUGAACUAGCAUAUUCUUAUGACUGACCUGCAGACGCGUAUGGUCUGGGUCUUGAUUCAGACAGUUCUCUCUGUUGUUUCCCACAAUGCAUUUCUUAUGUCGUUCAUACCUAACUAGCAGCGAAAGGCCAGAGCAUUGAAUGAAGGAGGAAGCAUGCAGACACAGCGUACACUGUAAUAACACUGAAUUUAUUCAUAGGGCAUUUUGUAUUUUUCUGUUUGCGUCAGGUUUGCUGUGACAUUAAUGGCACUACGGAUAUCGAUUUGGUUGCGUGCCAAUUAUGACGGUUAUCUGGAAAAGAGACCUGUAAAUACAGUCGAUCAAGUAGCUAUUGAUUCAAUAUUGUCACAGUAUGCUUUGCUUCUGUUUGAAGGCAGGAGGAGGAGAAGGGAUGAUUCAGGACUUUUCCAUGAUCCACAGAUAUUUUUCUACAAAUUUAAAUCAGAUGAUUCUAUACACUGUUGAAUAACAUUGUAAAGGUGUAACAGAUGCUGUAUAUCAUAUCAUGUUUUCUGAAGUUGUAAAGCUUUACUGUAUGAUCUGUUGAAGUAGUGGUUAUUCAUUUGACAUGUUAGUUGUAAUGGAAGCCCGAACAGCAGCACUGGUCACCAUAUUCAGGAAAAAAAAGAAAAACCUCAGAUGUUUUUUGUAAUACUUUUAGAAUAUAUCUUAUGAAGUGGGUUUUGUAAGGAAACACUUUCCGAAUCAACGGUGCUGUAUGCAUAGCACACUCAGUAAUACAUACACACAUAAUGCAGCACAAAUACACUCAUCACUUAACUCCCCCCACCCCUACCCUUUGCGUGCUUUAUAAUUUUCUUGUUUGUUUUUUUGUUUUGUUUUGUUUUUUUUGUUUUUUUUUUUGCUCACCUCUCACAUUGGCUACUGCUAAUUACAUAAGUCUUAAACCAUUUCCUCUAAUCCCUUCAGUUGUUGUGUUAACUAUAUGAUCAGCUCCAGAGAUCAAAUCUUAAACUGUAAAAAAUUUAAAAAAAAUUCAACGAAUACUUAGAUUUUAAAGAGGAAGCAAAAAGCCAAAUAGUGAAAUAGCUAUCCACUUCUGUUCAAAAGCUUGCUGACAGUUUUGCUUAUGUUGCUACCUAAUGUCGCCGCUUCAGUUCAUCCAUCGCUUAAACCACAGUGUAGUCUGACAACCAAAUGACUUGGGGAGAUCCGUUCCCCCUCGGAAAGCUUUAAGAUGCUUGUUGAGGCUUUAGCAAGUUCAGAGUGUAUUUAGAUGAGUUCCAACCCGUCAUCAACAACGUGGAAGUAAUAAUUCUCAUAACUUCUCCCACUGCUAUAUUUUUUUGUGAGUGUGUGUGUGUGUGUAUGUGUGUGUGUAUGUGUGUGUUGUAGUACAAAAGGCUGCAUGACUGUAAAGGGAUGGUUAAGAUGUUUUUGAAAGUCGUUUCCCUAGCACUUCUGUCACUCCUGAGAUACUUCUCUCCUUGGGGUCUCCCUCUUUCAUUUUCCUUAUGUAUCAUUGUUUCUUUAUCUUUCUAUUUACUAAACGUAUCAUGUUGUUUGUUCUCAGCACUGUAAAACAGUCCCUUCUACAACAUUGAAAAGCAAUAUCACUGUAUGAAACGUUCACAAUGUAUUUGUUAUGAUUGACAUUUGAUUCAUCAUCAUUAUUAUUCACAUGCACCCUAGGUGUGAUAAUUGAAGUAAAUCUCUUUUAUACAAAUA